AUGCCUCUUUUACAACGGAACCACAGCCAUACAAUUCCGUAUUGCGACAUCAGACUUGACGAAGAUGUGAUCGUUUUACGAGGACCUCCAUCUGAAUCUGCCGGCGCUCUACUUAAAGGAAAAUUGGCUUUCUGCCUAACAGAACAGAUACCUGUUCGUGGAAUAACGUUGACUUUGGUUGGAAUGAAGCGCUUACAUUGGCAAGAAAGGAUGUCUACAGUAACUGGAAUUACAAUGAAAACUGUCAAGCACGAUGAACUCGUUUACGAGAAGAAAUGGCAGUUUUUAGAAUUCGACCAUAAACAUGCUGUGACUCUUAGGCCAGACAACUACGAGUAUGAGUUUGACGUAGCGUUACCUGGAGAUCUGCCCGAGUCGAUCGAAGGACUGGAGAAUGCGCACAUAUUUUAUCGGCUAAAGGCCGUUAUUGACAGGCCGAGGUUUUCACAGAACAUCGUCGCUAAAAAGCACGUGAGAGUUGUCAGAACCCUAAAUGCCGGCGCUUUGGAGUUGUCGCAAACCAUGUCUGUGGAAAAUCUUUGGCCAAACAAAGUCGAAUACUCUAUUAGUAUUCCGAAUAAGGCAGUUGUCUUCGGCAGUUCUAUCCCUGUCGAUAUUGUCCUCAUACCACUUCUUAAAGGCUUGUCCGUUGGUAAGGUGACAUGCAGUCUAAAAGAAUUACACAAUUUCUCAAUACCACACAAGGAAAGCACCAGGUCAGAUAUGAGAUCAAUCAUCACGCAAACCUUUGAAGGCGGAGAUAUGGUGCAGGAACCGCAUGAGGAUGAAGAUUUUGGGAGAUGGAAUUUACAUCAGCGUGUAGAGCUGCCGAAGACCCUCGCACGGUGUGUACAGGAUUGUGAGGUCGAGUCGAUUAAAGUGCGACAUAAGCUCAAAUUCACUAUUCAACUUCAUAAUCCUGAUGGUCACACCUCCGAACUCCGCGCCUCGCUACCUGUCAUGUUAUUUAUCUCACCAAACUUACUCAUGGCUGAAGAUAAUGUUAUUCAUGACAACGCUUCUAUGGAGGAUAGUGAAGACAUUCAUGGAGCCUAUGCGCCCCCUCGUUAUGACGACCAUUACCUCGACCGGUUGUAUGAAGGAAUUCCUCAUGAUCGCUUCGAGACACCACUUCCAUCUGGCGCAAACACCCCCGCAGUACUAUCUCGGAGCAAUUCACAUGAAAAUCUAGGAGCGCUCUCGAUGAUGGACUCUGGAAGAAUAUCAGGAACUGCCAGCCCACUACGGAUUCCAGAUGCUAGUUCAGGGAGGUGGUCUGUCAAUAGAUCCAGAGUAACCACUCCCGGUUUCUCAUCACCGCCCACGGCAGCUGGUGGGUUUUCCGAUGCCGAGCUUGUUGCCAGGCUAAGUGGCCACCAUCAAGGCGGUGACUACUUUUCAAGUAGAACAGGAAGGUCUACGACAAGUGGGCCUAGUACUCGAUCUCAUUCGCCCGAAGACCACUCACGUGGUGAAGAGGAAGAAUUGGAUCUCAAUGAACUAUCUAAAGUCCCCUCAUAUACUACUGCCGUGCGACAAGGCAUAAGAAAUCUUUCUACACGCUCCAAUCUUCCUCAAUAUGAAGACGGGACUAGGAGCAAUCCUGAGAGCACAACAAACACUCCCAGGCACAGUCCUCCGACGUCCUAUACGAUGCCCGUUGUGAACACAGGGAGGGCCGGUCACGAAGGAAGGGGGUCAAGACUUUGGGGAAGAAGCUUAACCACAAGUGACGUACAUAACACUGUUGAGACCAAUGUGGGACACGGACACGGACACGGAUUUACUGGAGGACUGAGCGGAAUAAGUGCGGGUCUCGCUGAUGCCGAGAGGAGGAUCAGAUUACUUCAGUUGAGGGGACGAUGA